ACAGGCUAUAUAUAUACAUAGUGGCCUCAGAAAAAAACAGAGAAAAGUAAAACAAAAAAAUGGAUUUCAUCAGAAAGAAAAUAUGUGUGUCUGUCUUCUUGUUUUUCCAUGUCUGGUUUUGUACAGCUCUUGACGUCUCUACAAUUCCUUUUAACAAAGGAUUCAGCCAUCUCUUUGGUGAUGGAAAUAUUCUUCAUGCUACUGAUGAUAACAGCCUUCAACUUCAUCUCAACCAACAAACAGGUUCAGGGUUCAAGUCUUCUGACCUCUACAACUAUGGUUUAUUCAGUGCUAAAAUUAAACUGCCAUCAGAUUAUACUGCUGGGAUCGUUGUUGCUUUCUAUACGACAAACCAAGAUAUAUUUACGAAGACACACGAUGAAUUGGAUUUUGAAUUUUUGGGAAAUAUAAGAGGAAAAGCAUGGAGAUUUCAGACGAAUAUGUAUGGAAAUGGAAGCACACAUAGAGGAAGAGAAGAAAGAUAUACUCUUUGGUUUGACCCUUCAAAAGAGUUUCAUCGUUACAGCAUUUUGUGGACCAAGAAAAACAUCAUAUUCUAUAUAGAUGAUGUUCCAAUUAGAGAAAUUGUACGUAACGAUGCCAUGGGAGCAGACUACCCAUCAAAGCCAAUGGGACUAUAUGCAACAAUAUGGGAUGCUUCAGAUUGGGCCACUUCAGGAGGAAAAUACAAAACAAAUUACAAAUAUGCACCAUUUGUAGCUGAAUUCACUGAUUUAGUACUCAAUGGGUGUACAAUGGACCCAUUGGAACAAGUAGUAAACCCUAGUAAUUGUGAUGAGAAAGAUGUUGAACUCCAAAAGGCAGAUUUUUCAAGGAUUACACCAAGACAGAGAAUGGCCAUGAAAAGAUUCAGGGCGAAAUAUAUGUACUAUUCUUAUUGUUACGAUUCUUUGAGGUACUCAAUGCCACCACCAGAAUGCGAGGUAGACCCAGUUGAGCAACACCGCUUUAAAGAGACCGGAAGGUUGAAGUUUAUCAAGCACCACCAUCGCCAUCCAAAGAGAUCAAGAAGUCAAGUUCUUGAUGCUAGGAACUACGGAAAUCAAGAUGAAGAGUGAUUAACUUUUUGUUUACCAAUAUUAUUGUUGAUGUGUAUAGAUAAAAGGAGGGAAAAGUGAUUGUUUUUUUUUUUCUUGUUUUGGGGGUUCGGAUAGAACUCAAUUUUUUGAUACAGUUUUCUUGGGUUUUCACAUUUGAUUAUAGGAAAUAAUAUUGCUAGAGUGAAGGGUGGAAAAUUAAAUAAUGAUAAUGUGAACAUUGAUUGAGUACUUAUUUAUUGUAUAUAAAUAAAAGAGGUUUAAGUUAUGUA